AUGCCAUUUAACAAUCACAGUUCAGUUUUGGAGUUCACACUUAGUGGUCUCUCCCACUCACGUGAAACACAGUUUAUUUUCUUUGUUGUUUUUCUGGUUUUGUAUUUAAUUACUUUAUCUGGGAAUCUGUCCAUUAUAACCGCAGUACAUAUAGAUUCACAUCUACGUUCUCCAAUGUACUUCUUCCUUAGUAGCUUGUCUUUUUUGGACAUAUGUUACUCAACGGUCACCAUACCAAAGAUGCUUAUUAAUAUCCUUUUAGACAGAAAGACAAUCUCAUUCAGCCAAUGUAUAUCUCAGCUUUUCUUCCUUCACUUAUUUGGAGGCACAGAGUGCUUCCUACUUACCGUCAUGGCAUAUGACCGUUAUGUGGCCAUUUGUAAUCCACUGCGAUAUCAUAUAGUCAUGAAUCACAGGUUUUGCCUCUGGUUGGUGGCAUUAAGUUGGUUUGCAGGAUUUCUGCAUUCAUUCACUCAGGCUUUUCUUACGUACCAGCUUCCAUUUUGUGGUCCAAACAAAAUCAACCACUUCUUCUGUGAUGUCCAUCCACUGGCCGUUCUUGCCUGUACUGACACAUACUUUAUAGAUAUGUUCAUUAUUGGCAAUAGUGGGAUGAUUUCUCUUAUCUGUUUUGUUAUUUUAAUGUUUUCCUACCUUGGCAUUAUUACAACAAUCUUAAAGAUCCAUUCAUCAGAGGGGAGGCAGAAGGCAUUUUCUACCUGUGCUUCCCACAUUUUGGUUGUUACAUUCUUUUUUGGACCAUGUGUAUUUAUCUACUUAAGACCACCCGUGAAUUAUCCAUCAGAUAAGUUAAUAUCUGUGCUCUACACAGUGCUGACACCUUUAUUAAACCCAAUAAUAUAUACCUUACGAAACCAGGAGGUUAAAAGUGCUAUCAAAAAGUUACUGGGCAUUGGAAGAGAAAUUUGUCCGGAAUGGAAGAACAAUGGACCCCCCACAUUUUUCAAUGCACAGUUAAUUACCUUGUAG